AUGAAAAGUACGUGCAAAAUACCCAUACAAUAUAUAAGACAAUAUAAAAUACUUCGUAUGUUGUUUAUUAAUUGCACGGCCGGUUAAAAUGAAUGAUUUUAGUUCGGGCCGUAACUAUAGACGCGAUAAUUGGGGCGGGGGGUAUAUUCAUAUACCAUGUUCACAUACCGUAAAAACAAUCUCUUUUCAAAAGAAAUCCGUCGGGCAGAACACGAAUAUAUGAGUAUGCACCCCUCCCCCUUCCCCCAUUAAGCAACCUACAGUAGAACGGCUACGGCAACGGCAAAAAUAUAAUUGCUUAUAAUGUUGUAUUUGCGCCAACGUUUACGUUACUACACUUAAUUUGCCUCUUUACGUUUUCCUGUUUCUCUCAAACAGCCCUUAAGUAAAAAUAGUCCGCGAAUUCAAAUAAAACACCUCAAGUAACAUCGAAAGAAUUAACUGUUGCCGUAGACAUGCACCGUGAAAAUGUGCAAAUCACGUACUAGUUUCAACAACUACGACAUUGCACAACGCUUAAGAUCAUGUAAUUUACAUUCGCCUUUGUCUUUGAGGAUCAAUGCUAUUGUUGAUGACCACGUUGCCGUUGCCAUUGUAUUUGCCAGACUCCCUAAUAUCAUGUCUAGGUACGGCCCUGAUUUUAGUAUAUCUGAUUACAAUUUUUGUCUACUUACCAUCAUGCUUUUUCGUUAUUUCGACAAUAUAUGGGGGUUUAAUAAUUUGACUACAAUCAUGAAAAAGCCUGUCCAAAUUAAGUAGUUAAAAUGUGAUGAACAAAAUUCAGUAUUGGCCACCAAAAAUUCAAAAUCCUAAGUUUUAGAAGUCUCGUCAACUCUCGUCCUUCGUUCGACCGGUUCUUUUUAUACGUCAGUAUAGAGAAUAUAAUCACGUUUUUAUAACGAUAUGCACAAGCUUCCGAGAGUUAUUGUUAAUAUUUCUAUAUCUCUCAUGCAGGAUACAAUGCUCGCUAUAUUCUACGGAACUGGAUGGCAGAAAAGGCUAUAAGAAUGGCGGAAAUAGAUGAUUUUUCAGAGGUUUGAUUCGGCUUCUCUUUUUCCAUGUGUUCAACCAAAUAUAUGUUACAGUUAAUGUAUGGAUAAACUAUAAAUAUGAUUUUGUUUUAGGUUCGAAAUUUGCUUAGAAUUAUUCAAAAUCCGUUUGUUAAGCAGGUAAGAAUAACGCUCGACACAAUAUAGUAUUACUUAUAAUUUGAGAAAUUAUCAAGAAAAAAAUGAGCAAGGUAUUAAAUUAUCCGAUACGAGGUCCACGUCAGUAUCUUGCGAAACCGAAAAAUUCACAAAAACUCUUAGCUCUGACCGAGGCUUACAGUGAAAUAAUCCUAUUUUUUCUGGUCUGCAAAUCUAUAACCGUAACGUAAAUGGACUCUUGUGAUUCGUUGUUGAGAAAUUAUACGUAUUACACACUACGGACCUCUCCCAUUUCGCGCUAAAACAGUUCGAGGAGUGAAGACUCGAGAAAGUAUAAAAACUCCACCCUGUCGGCAGUAAAGAUCGUAAAAUAAACUGAAUUGACUUCAUUAGACUUUGUGUUAUACCCAAAAUGUUACAGUACUUUUAACCGACCAAAACAAUCGCAACCAAAGUUGCGUGGUCUUCCAUGGCUGUCAGAGGCAGGAAAAUGCUAUUCUUGGGUUUCAAUCACGUCUUUCAGCCUGUAGAAUUUAGAAUUGUUGACGUAAAUUGAUUCGUAAGCCAAAGCGAUCUUACCUGCGUAAUUUUGUUCAUUUGCCCCCAAAGUAAUUUAAACUAUACAACUUAUAGUAAAAUUCGAAUUCUUGAACUACUAACCAAGUCGUGUUACACGCGACUCUAUAUUACAUAACGCGCACGAAUUUCGAGAACAUCGAGAAAACAGUCCUAUACAUGUUUUACUUUUUGAAAUGAAACAUGCAACCCAUUCUCGAACAUAAAAAUCUUAAAAGAUACCUCAAACGUUAGUUUAAACAUGGUUUCUGCACAGGUUGAAUUCGGUCAAAUAUUUUUUAUAAAUGUUGUGAUAAUAAAUUUUUUUUAGCAAGUAAAAUUUGUGGCUGCGUGUCACAAUUAGAUAUUUUGUAAAACGAUCAAGAAAAUCAGUUUACCUUCGUUGUUGUCUUGUUGCAUAGUAGACAACCAUCUUUUGGGUCAAACCCAAAUGGUUUUUGACAGAGCUUUGGACUAAAGUAACAAACACAACUGAUCUCAAAUUUACAGGGUGUAUUAAGAAACAAGUCCCACCUUUUAUAGUUAACAAUUUUCCGAACACCACACUGGAAAGAAAUAUUGAAUUUAAACUAUGGAAAUUGCGAUUGCAUCACUAAAUCCAUAGUUUAGCUAAUAUGAAAAUUGCAAUUAGUAUGAAAAUUGGAUUUCCAUACUAUUUUCAACCAAGAUCCAUACGAUUUCCAUAGCAUAUAGGAUUUUAAUUUGAAAAAAUUACAGUGCCACUCCUUAUAGAAUAAAUUUAGUCUUAUUUCAAUGCUUGUUCUUUUUUUUCUUUUGAACAAGGGCUCAUAUAUUUGUGUCUAAAAUACAAGUGAUAACGUGAACAAUGUAACAAUGUGAUUUCAUUGUCACGUGUGCAUAACUUCUUGAAUUUUCUUCUUAAAUUUUAAUACUGUUUUUGCCACACAAAAAAAAAGAAUGAUUUUAAAACAUUUUAAAAGAUAUUCGUUUGUUUUAUUCAUCUCAUACUCCGGAAUCCUCUUCAAAAGCAAUCAUAAAACACUGACGUUACGUCUGUAGUCGGUGCACAGAUGCCAUCGAAACGCACCAUAAUGUGAUGUGAACAGACUUAGCAACUAAUUGCAAGUUUAACCGCUGUUUAACCGCUGUUUAAUGUACGAAAAGUUAGUAAAUUAACUAUUUGUAGUCGCAGAGUACUAUAGUUUCUUAGUUUUGAUGAAAAUUGCCAAAAUGCUUCAAUUUUUGGGUUAUUGUUUUUUUGCAAAAAAAGCUGGUAUUGAUUUGGUAUAUUGCUUCUCAAAUUUUUGAUUCUCCAAUUGAUCAAAUUUCACGCCUGAAAAAAAUACUAUUAUUAUAUAUAUUAUAAUAUUUAUAUUUAUUAUAAUAUUAUUUCUAUACCUUGAAUUGAAAUGCCUAAUAUCUCAAGCAUAACCUAUCGAUGCAAAAUUGGUUUUCUGGAGCCGAUUAGUUACAGUUGGAUUAGCGUUAACCCUCGGUUAGAAUUUAACCUGCUGUUUUAGUUUGCGUAUUUCUGCACGUCUGUUUAUCGCAAAACUUCAUAGAAGGAAACUGCUAUUGAUCCAGACAAGAUUUCUAAAGAAAUAUUUCCAAAUUUAUAAACGAGCUGUUGGGAAGUUUGCUUUGAAUUUUAGGAUAACCUAGGAUUAAGUUAAUCCGGGUUUGAACAACUGCCCUCGAACUGCCCCCUGCGUGGUCAAUAAAUGAAAAGACAUGUCGACAAAGCAACAUGAAAAGAGGGCUGUAUUAGCAUAUAUUGUACAUAACUAGGGAAAGUAGUCUACUGUUAAAACGUCGAAUGAAUAAGCUUUAAAGAGUCCUGGUCACCCACAAUGCAAUGCAUGCGUUUGUUUACCUUUCUGUUAUGUUGUGAGCCAGAGGCAGCCGUUUUUGUGGCCUCGAAAAUGGCGGCAACAAUUUAGAAACGCAACUGCAAAACGUAAACAAAAGCACGCGUUGUAUUGUGGAUGAGACCAGGACUCUUUAAAAUAGUGGCGUAGGCAAGGGAGGGGAGGGGGGCUCUGCCCCACAAGGGCAGAUGGACUACCCUUGUGAAAAGCUGAAAUAAAAGCCGUAGUUUUCCCUAAUCUAGAAUCCUUGUUGAAAGCACAUUUGAAUUUAAAUUUGCGCGCAUAGCAGUAGUCGCGACCGACUUCUACAAAAAGGAAGACAUCGUGCUAUUUUACUGUUGUAUUUGCGUGUACUGUACAACGUUUUACAUAAACAUUUUUCGAUCUAACACCAUUAGGCGACUAAAAAAUGCCUUUUUUGGUUGUUAAUUUUCUUCAAACCUCGUCCUAAAAUACGUGAAAUAGCGUUCUAAUGAAUCUAGAUAUUUAAAAUUUUCCUGAGGGAGCAUGCCCCCGGACCCCCUACAUUCCUCGCGCCUUUGGCGCUGGUAUUCGAUAUACCAUAAAAAUCCCAAAGUUUAGACCCUGGCUACGCCACUGCUUUAAAGACAACGGCGUCAGGAUGACGGCUAAGCAAAUUGUUUGAAAUAAAUGAUUGUAUGGAAAUAUUGUCUUGUAUUUACUUUUGUAUGAAUUUAAUACAGUUUCGAACGCGUAAAACAGAGCUUUAACCUUCAGAGCAAUUUUGAUCAACUCUGUUAGAAAAAUUGCCUGUCACGUCUUGAAAUGCUAGCGUACUUUACAAGACGUGAAAAUAUGCUUUUUUUUAAACAUAUAUUAUUGACUGUUGUAAUGAAUUUCCUUUUGUAGGAAACCGCUGAACUCGCUGGUUAUGCAUCACGUCGUCCGUCGUGGACGUCCAAACUACGUGUAAGCUGCUCGUCUUAA